AAAAACAAAAUAUCGCGAGACUUUGGGAUCACGUCGCGUUACUUGCUGAGUUUUUCAUCAACAGCUGCUAGCAUAUUACGCAGCCGGAAAAAUACAGGAAAUAAGACGUUCUUCAACGGACAAGAGGAGUUCGACUUCACUUUGCCCAAUUUUUUAUCAUUUAAGCAAGACAUUAAUUGACGUUACCCCCUCCACCUUUCUUUAGACCCCAUUUUUCCACCUGCUUGGCUCCUUUUCUCUGCCUCAGAGAGCAGCGCCCCUGCUGAUGUAAUGUCUCAGUCAGACGGCAGUCAGAAACAGUUCUCUGUGGGUCGUGGGCUCCUGGCUGCAGCAGAGACCUUGAACUUCAACAUGAAUGAGCAGCGUUCAGGGCGGCCGAUGGGGGGCAUGUCCUCUGGUGUGGGAAUGAGUGGGGUGGAGCAUCCGGACGGCAGUCCCCAGAUGCCCCGGCGGGGUGGUGGCAACAAUCUUGGCAGCACCAUGAAGCUCUUUGCCAGCUUGGGGCUAUCGCCCUCCGACCUGGACGCCCUUGCUGAGAUCCCAGAAGACGAAAUCAGUGUGGAGACGCUGCCUCGCAUUCUAAUGCAGCUCAAGAGUCGCAAAGGGGAGGCAGGAGAGCGGCGGGCAGUGUCCUCCAUGUCCUCUGAGGCUGCGUUUCAAGGAGGAAGGGAUAGCUGGGAAGAAGGCCGCAUGGGGAGGAUGGGCGGCCCCUCCAUGGGUGAGGGCCCGGCCCGGUCCAAGCCCUCUGCAGACUUUGGGUACAGUUCCAUGCAGAACAUGCCCACAGGCCGGGGCCUCGGGUCCAGUUUCAACAGUGGUGGGGGUGGGAGAGGAGACAGGCCUUACCCUGAACUUUCCCAUCAAACCUCCUACGGUGGGCUGGACAUGGGGCCAUCGCAGUCUGACUCCAUCUUUAUGCAGAGGAGGAUCGGCUCUCCGUCAGUCGGAAAAGUCCAAGACUUCUUGGGAGUCAUGCCCUCCAUGUUCCCCCAUGUGUGCUCUCUUUGUGACUUUGAUGUUCAUUCCACCAUGGAGUGGAACCAGCACGUUUGCGGCCUCCGACAUGCUGAGAACCGACGCCUGCUUCUGGACAUGUAUCCAGACUGGGACCCCAGCUUGUCUCCAGGCAGAGGGGGCCGCAGGGACACCCCCAACCUGUCCGCUGGGCUGCUGGGACCGGCCCCCAUGUCUUCGGCAGGGAUGUCCUCCAGCUGGGGAGGAGGUGGAGGCCCCGGCCUGCCAGGACACAAGAUGGGUCUGAAUAUGAUGAGGAGCAGAGUGGUGGUGGUGAAAUAUGAGCGGAAGCCUCUGAGCAACAAGACUCUGUUCGCCUUCACCGAGCCGUUCGGCCGCCUCAGGGAGCACCUGGUCCUCAAGAACAAGGCCUUCCUAGAGAUGAGCUCUCAUGAAGAAGCUCUGGACAUGGUCAACUACUACAAGCAGCACACGGCGUCUCUGUAUGGCAAGCCCAUCACGUUCUACCUGUCCCAGAGGCUGAUGUUUAUCGAGAAAGACCCCCAGAUGUCUGAGGGGAUGGGCGACCGACCCAUGAGGGAUGUCAAAAGCCACGGCAGCAAAGUGGUCUUCUUCUCCAACCUCCCCAGAGAGGAGGAGAAGAAGAGGGAGCUGCUGACCAUCGCUGGACGUUUCGGAACUGUGGACAAGCACCUCUUCUUAACCGACCAGGCUUUUGUCCAGCUGGGAACUGUGGAGGACGCAGAGAUGCUGGUCAAGUAUUACAGCGUGAACCCCCUCACCAUCAGAGGACGCCUGAUCCGCCUCAACAUCUGCACCAAAUACAAAACCCUCAAUGUGAACCGCAGACAGAGCGGCUCUGCAGAAGAAACCUCCACCCGCAGGAGGAGCAGAACACGUGAGAGGUCCUCAAGCCCUGCAGCCAAGAGCGCCUCCAGAACCGCCUCCUCCAAGUCCACAUCCAGGAGUAGGGAGGAGAAGAAGAAAGAGGAGGAGGAGGGGGACAAAGAAAAGGCGGCGGAGGAGGAGGAGGAGGUCACAGGAGUGGUGCAGGGAGCAGAGGAUGAAGAGGAAGACCAUGCAUCUGAUAAAGAUCCAAAGGAGGAAGACUCUGAGAAGGAAACGGUGGUGAAGGAUGUUAAAACAGAUGAAGAGCAAGAGGUUCCUGAUGACGUCACACCUGUGGAGGAGGCGGAGCCUGAGGCCAAGCAGGAGGUGGAGCCAGAAGGAGCAGCAGAAACCUCAUUGGAGGAAUCCGAGCUCAAAGAGGAAGCCGUGGAGAGCGGCAACACGAUGGAGGGAGACGUACCUGCAGAGGAGCUGGACCAGGACUUUAUGGAGAACAUGGAGGACUUUGUGACGCUGGAUGAGCUAGAAGAGGAUGAGGGCGACGCCCCCGGGGAGUCGGAUGCCACAGAUAACUCCAAGAAAGGGGGGAUGAGGGUGGUCAACAUCGUGGGCUUCAGGCGAGGUUACAACUUUGUCAACGAGCUGCUGGAGCUCGCCAAGCCAUUUGGGAAGGUGGUCAAACACCUGGUCCUGGACCUGCGGCCUGAGGCUUACAUUCAGUUCCAGACGGAGGACGAAGCUCGAGCCAUGGCCAAGUUUUAUGGGCAUGGUAACGUGACGGUGUCCGUGUGCGGCCGGCCCGUCAGGGUCAGCCAUUCCCUCAGUUAUCCCACCAUCCAGUGCGGCUCCAGCAGGGUGGUGUACAUCGGUCAGAUUCCCAACAACAAAUUCACCGACGAGGAGAUCCUGGAACUUGCCCAGCCGUACGGAAAGGUCCAGAAGUACUUCCUGAACCGGAUCAAGAGAGAGUGUUUUCUGGAGAUGGACAGACCUGAGGACGCAGAGAAGAUGGCAGAGGCCUGCAAGUCCAAACCGCCGAAGUUAAACGGGAAGCGGCUGACCGUAUACGUCAGCAGGAAGUACCGACAGCUCAAACACGGUCAUCGGUGUGCAGCCAAGAGGACCAGCAGUCCGCCUCCAAAAUCCUCCGAGGAGCUCCCUGCCAAGAAGGCCAGAGAGGAAGAAGAGGAAGAAGUGGAGAAGAAAGAGGAGGAAACAAAAGAGGAAGAGACCAAAGAGGAGAAGAAUGGGGUGGUCGAAAAGGAGGAGGUGGGGCAGAAGGAAGCAGCAGACGAGGAAGCACAGAGCUCUGAUGUUGGAGACUCAAAAACAGAAGAAAACUGUGAGAAUCCUGUGGAAGACUUGAAGAUCGAUGAGGAGGAGAAACGGGAGGAGCAGCAGCAGGACGAGGAGAUGGAGACAUCCACCAAUCAGAAUGGACAAACUGAAACUCCGCCUCCUGUUGACACAAAGCCCAGUUCGGCGGCUUUGCCGCUGCCCCCCUAUGACCCAGAGACCCCCGUCGGAGUGGAGCACGUGAAGAUGGGAUAUUACUGCCGCAUCUGCUUCCUGUUCUACACCAACGAGAACACGGCCAAGAAGACGCACUGCAGCAGCCAGGCGCACUACGACAAGCUGCAGAAAUACCUGGAGAAGGAACAAACCAAAGGAGAGAAGGCCAAGAAGACAUCAGGCUGAGAGCAGCUGGGAAAGAAGUCGCCCUGUUUCACUUUUAUUUAGCUAUAGUUUUAAUCAGGAGUGUUGUCACGGCAACCGGGCAGCCCCUGACUGACUUGUGGGACACAAACUUCUUCAGUGUGGUGCGUUCAAACUUCGUCAUUUGGGCUGUUAUGACGGUGUUGGCCCUUACUGGGCUCUGUCUAACGCCUGGACCUGCAGUGUCCUGUGGGGGUUGGAACAGGAUCCAUGUGGUGUUCAGGCACUGCUGCGUUCGAGUCCUGAUUAUUCUUUUACCAGUUAACUGUGUUGAUGUUUUUCAGAAUAAACAGUUUCCUCACAGUC